GCCUGUCCAUCCCAGAUUUGUUGGGGCUCCUAAGUUCUCAAAACAGGGGUUUGUGAAACUCGACUCGUAGACAUCCAGAAUCCUUAGAGCCAAGAUUUGGUUAGUAGAUUCCAUCAAUAUUCCCAAGCUUCCAAAUUCGCUGAAUCUUUUUGUGGAACAAUUGCUUUGCUCAUUAAUAGAUGGUAUGUCGAUGUGGGAUAGAGUUGCUUCAAGUAUGUUUAUGUUGUGCACAGUUACUUUAGUUAUCUAAGCAUCUCUAAAUUUGAUUUAAUGAAUUUUGUAUCAACUGGCAAGUAAUACGUAAGUUUCCAAAGAUUGCCAAAGACUUCAGCUUCUUAAAUGCAAAAAUGUGAAAAUACAAAGCUCCUAAAGAACAGAGACUGAAUGAUAAGAUCUUAAGCUACUAGGCCUACUUUUCCUCUCAAUAUUAUUGCCAUAACCUUCGAACUUGGCUUACAAAACCAAAAUUCUUAGAUGUACUAGUAUCCGGAUUUCUUUACAUCAUGACUACUUCUAUAACUUUUAUCUAUAAUUCUUGCCUCAGAUUUUGAACUAAUUCCGAUUGGAAUAAUAACUUUGAGUAGACCUGAAAGACAAACUAUAUAUGGAUCCUGAAGUCUGACCCAAACAGAUGGUGACUUCCCCCGACUCUUUACAGGCUCAAAAUUGAUAUGGAGAAUACCAAAAGCCAAUUGAAUGGGCUUUUCAGAGAUUCAACUCAACAAAGUUUCAGAAACAAUUCGUUCACUGAAGUGUUCAAGAUCUCUCAAAAUUGAUUAUAAAAAAGACCCAGACUAAACCUCUGCUUACUAAUCAGAAAGUAGAGACUCUAGAGACUAUAGAAUUGAUCCAAGGAGUUCAGGAGUGAAAUCUAGCUCAAUCAUCAGUGCAAGACAAUUCUCUCGAAAUCAAUAAAACUGCAUCAAAACUUGUAAAUAUGCUGCAGAGAACUCUGAUGCCUCCUCCAAACCCCAAAGUUAGUCCUUUAAAUUGUAAAAGAAAUAUUGGAGACCAAUCGGAGAUUCAAAAGGAACUAACUAAGCCUGAGAAUUCUGUAGAAAAAGACACACAACUGAAGUUAAAGCUUCAAAUUGAAGAAGACAAGCAAGCUCAGCCUGACGAUGACUUCGGAGUUGAAGAAGCUGAUGAGAAAGCCCAGUUCGAUUUUCCUCUUUCACCUAAAAACAAAAGGAGAAUGAUUAGAUGGGGCAAAUGCCAAGAUAAGAAACUCUUCGCAGCUAUUAGAUCUCUUGAGAAGCAAGGGGUUCUCCAGCUUGAAAGCCUCCUCGCAAUGAAUACUGAAACUGAAGCAGACAAUAACCAAGGAGUGGCAGCUCUGGCUGAGAAGAUCCAGUGGAAAUGCAAAUUUAAAAAUUUGGUCUACAGAGUCAAGAAAUUAAGUAACAAGAAGUUCUCCUUUAGAGAAGUCAAGGCUUUAAAGAGAAUCAUCAAGAAAGAGUACCAAGACAAGCCAAUUGAUUACGAUAAAGUUUUGUAUCACUUCCCAGGCAAGAGCAUGGGUAAAAUGGUGAUUACCUGUAGUCACAUCAAGGAUUGUAUCAAGAAUAGAUCAUUGUCUCACUUUGAGAGCGAGUAUUAGAUUCUUAUUCAAAUAUUUUACUCAA